GGCAGGUCCGGAGCCCGGGGCGGAGGAGGGGGGAACGAAGGAAAUGAGACAACCUUUUCCUCCCACGGACUCGGACUCCUCCAGAGUUUGCGGAACUCGGCGCGGCCACCCGUGAGCUCCCGGACCGGGACUCCACGUUCCAGCACAGUCCCGAUCCCGGUGGGCUGCUUCGAUUACUACCCGAGAACCGCGACCCCAGAGCUGCACUCGUGGUGUUUCCCCGGCGAUCCGCUCCACUCCUCUCGGGAUCAGGACUCGGCCCCGUGCACCGGAGCGCAUCCCCGGCAGUGCGCGCCCGCGGUCCUGCGAAGAAUCUGAGAAGCAAACCAGAGCCAACCAAGUUUAGAACCUUGACAGGCUGAAACCAGCACCACCAAAGAUGACCCAUCCUUACCAGAUAUUUCUCUGUUCCUGACAGCAAACCUCUCCCCAGAGACUGGAGGGAGAGAGUGGCCACACUGAUUCAGCAGAAGUCUUUCUAGGUCUCCUCUGGAUGACGUAUGAGGCUGACCUCCUACCCCAGCGUGGAGCCCGUGACCACGGAGCCCUCAGAGAUGGCUCUGCUCAGCAGCAUCCUAGCGGCCUGCUCCUUUGUCUCAGAAAACCCUGAGCGAGCGGCCCUGUACUUCGUGUCAGGCGUGUGCCUCGGGCUGCUCCUGACCUUGGCCGCCCUGGUGAUGCGGAUCUCUUGCCACACAGACUGCAGGCGGCACCCACAGGGGAAGUGCUUGCGGGACCGAGACUGCAGCAGCGACAGCAGUGACAGCGAGGACGGCAGCGAGGACACUGCGUCUGACAUGUCGGUGCGGAGACACCGGCGCUUCGAGAGGACUUUGAAUAAGAACGUGUUCACGUCGGCCGAGGAGCUGGAGCGUGCGCAGCGGCUGGAGGAGCGCGAGCGCAUCAUCCGCGAGAUCUGGAUGAAUGGGCAGCCCGAGGUGCCCGCCGCACGCAGCCUCAACCGCUACUACUAGGGUGCAGUGGGGGCUCCAGGGACCCAGGGUUGGGGACUUGCAACGCGGUUCUACAGAGAGACACGGGACAAGGACGGAUUCCGCAUGCAGACUCUUGUUAGUCCUCCCAGGCCUUGCACCCAAGUGGGCUCGCCUACCCUUCCAGGUCUUGGAAUGGAGCUGAAACCACGUUUUCGGCCAUGGCAUGGGGGUCUGAGACCUGGGAAGGGACUUCUGUCCAUUUCUGAGGCUCUCAGAAUCUUGUGCAGACUCCUUUACAUAAGUAUGCGAGCUGGGAAUAUCAGGGUGAAUUUAACCCAGGAAAUGCGAUUUUCUAAACGACUCCAUACUGUGGAGGCGAUUAUCAGAUAGUGUGAUCUAUGCUUCCUAUUUAAGACUAAUUUUUUUUUAAUCUUAAAUUGCAAAGGCAACCCCUGCAUUUUACUGGCGCCUCAGGGAUUAAAAUCCUAUUUUAGUGUAGUUCCCACCUCAUUCAUGACAAUGGAUAGAAUUAACUGUAUUGUGGGAGAUGUGUCAGUUUAUUGGGAUGUGACAUUCUCAAAGGAUGAAGUUUUUUUUUUUUUAAUUUUGAAUAGUUUAUCAAAUAUAUGUAUUGACAUGUAUUUGUGGAAAUGUUGCAGUAAAAGUGAGAGAUUUCUCCUAACGCCUGAGAAUCAUGAGUUUUAAUAUUUUGUUUCAGAAAGUUUCUAUUGAAUGGAAAUUGGAGGUGAGGAUUAAAGACAAAAUUAGAAUGGGAUUUAACAUGUUUCA